UUUGGACUCACUUGUGGAAUUUUAUGCUUGCCCGUGGCACGAUGCCUUAUCUGACUAAACCGCUGUUUUUACUCUUCUGUUUGGUCGUUACCGGGGAAUGCCGUAGGCUUGGACACCGAGUACGGAGAUGGACGGAAACCGUGGAGAUGUCAUCUCCCAGUUCCUUGACAAAGAAACCUCCAGAUGUGACCAAGAAUCGCAAGCUGAAGACAGAGCAGCUUCUGAAAGUAGAUGAUCAUGAUUUCACCAUGAGGCCGGCAUUUGGAGGCCCUGCUAUCCCAGUCGGAGUGGACGUACAGGUGGAGAGCCUGGAUAGCAUCUCAGAAGUAGACAUGGACUUCACCAUGACCCUGUACCUGAGACACUAUUGGAAGGACGAGCGUCUGUCCUUCACCAGCUCCACCAAUAAGAGCAUGACAUUUGACGGGCGUCUGGUCAAGAAGAUCUGGGUGCCCGAUGUGUUCUUCGUCCACUCCAAGAGAUCCUUCAUCCAUGACACCACCACAGUCAACAUCAUGCUCAGGGUCUUUCCCGAUGGACACGUUCUGUACAGCCUGAGGGUGACAGUGACAGCAGCCUGUAACAUGGACUUCAGCCGCUUCCCUUUGGACACCCAGUCCUGCUCCCUGGAGCUAGAGAGCUAUGCAUAUACGGAUGAGGACCUGAUGCUGUACUGGAAGAGUGGGGAUGAGUCCUUGAGUACGGAUGACCGUAUCUCCUUGUCUCAGUUCCUCAUCCAGAAGUUCCACACCACAUCUCGGCUGGCCUUCUACAGCAGUACUGGCUGGUACAACCGUCUGUACAUCAACUUCACCCUGCGGAGACACAUCUUCUUCUUCCUGCUUCAGACCUACUUCCCGGCUACCCUCAUGGUUAUGCUGUCUUGGGUGUCCUUCUGGAUCGACCGCAGGGCCGUCCCAGCUCGUGUCUCCCUGGGUAUCACUACAGUGCUCACCAUGUCCACCAUCAUCACUGGAGUCAACGCCUCCAUGCCCAGAGUAUCCUACAUCAAAGCAGUGGACAUCUACCUGUGGGUCAGCUUCGUGUUUGUCUUCCUGUCUGUCCUGGAGUACGCUGCUGUCAACUACCUGUCCACUGCACAGGACCGCAGGGAACGCAAGAUGAGAGAGUCGCUGCCCUGCACCUGUGGCAUGUCCCAGACCAGGACCAUGCUAUUAGACGGGACCUACAGCGAGGCGGACACUAACAGCCUGGCCGGCUACACCUCAGGAACUAUGGGGCCCGAGGAGGACAUGGAUAUGCCCCGCGACAUGAUGACUGAGAAGCAGCCUCCUGGAGAACACACAGUGGUCCACCUGUCUGCCAGCAGCGAGUCAACGACAACCAAGAAGAAAGGCAUCAGAGCCCUCAAUAUUAUCCAGAAUACACACACCAUCGACAAGUACUCCAGGAUGUUAUUCCCUGGCUCCUAUAUCCUAUUCAACAUAAUCUACUGGUGUUCAUACUGUUUAGGAGCGUAGGGUCUA